UUUAUGGAUUAGAGAUGUGUCACUAGUUUUCUAUUGUGCAUGGAUUCGCUAAUCAUUCAAAGGGGUUUGCUGGUACGGAUAUGAUGUGCACAUAUCUUUUCAAUAAUUUCUCAGCGAAGCAUGCACUUACUGACAUUUUCAGACCGCCCUGAUGCCAUGCCGUCCGGCGAUCCAAGCUACGGCAGCUACUGCUGUGUGUCGUGGUGCUUCAACAAUGGCAGAACCCACAAAAAGCCAGAGACCAGUUUCUUCCGCAUACCGUGGGACGGCAGGUGUGUUAAAGCUUUUGUAUGGUUUGUAUGUAUUCAAGGUUUUUGUUCGUACUUGCUCAGUGCGGAUAACAAUAAAAGUUCACUAUUCAAGCACUUCCCGUUUCAGCUGAUAGUUCAUUGCCAAUACAGGCUGAAAGCUGGAUGCAGUAUGCUGGUCUAGAUGAUCUGCUGAGUAAGCCGGCCAGCCUGUUGUACGCAACGUUCAGGGUUUGUAGCGACCAUUUUACUGCUCAAAGUUUCAUAGACCCUGGGCACACAAGGCUUACGAGAACGGCUGUUCCCAGUGUGCAACCAGUUGCACCAUGUUCUCUGAGCGUCGCUUCAACUAGUGCCUGCGACAGGGCUGCAGAAGCUGCACUGCAAGGACCUGCGGUAGAGGUUUCGAAAAGCGGCUCCCACACAUUGAGGCGCCCCGAUGAACAGGGUGGCAGCUCCCUUUUAGCUCGUGAAGGAGUUCCUGCUGACUUCGUCUUGCUGGAGGAAACCUUAACCAGUCGCUCAGUUGUCGCAAGAGGAACUUGUGUGAUCGGUAAGUUUUAUGUUUACUUCAACACGAGACUGUAUUAUUAUAGAGAAUUCCGCAAGCUGCUCGCAAGAUUGUUCCGACAGCACCGUCCGAGGCACUGAACAAGCUUCACAAGACUCUACUGAAGACACGUCUGCCAACAGCUCCACGCCUGAAUGUCCUACAGCAAAUGGUGACUAAGCUUUUAUUGCAGCUGUUUUUAAUGUGGUAUUUCAUGUUUAGGAUGUUCUGAGAUAACUAUUCUCAAAAGGACACUGCGGGUGCACCAACAAAAUGUCAGGGUGGGCUCUCAGUGAUUUUCAUUUUUCUUGGUGCCAUUGUCAACAUUGUGAAUGGUUUGUUUUUGGGUUGUGGAAUCGAAAACUUCUCACCACAGAGAGUUGAGAACCUUGGGUCUAAAAGAGCGAGGAAAGUGCUCGUAUGGGAUUAGCUGCUCUUCGCUUUUACAUCCAUAUUUUUUCUUUAUUGCUGUGCUUUCCUGUGUGCCAGCGACAAGAUCUCCAUCAAAGAAGUACAGGCAAACCAUUCAACGUCUGCAAACCAAAGUAGCAGCACAGCGAAAAAUUAUCAAAAGACUGCGGAGACAGCCUCACCAAGCACCGUCAUCGACUUCAAAGGCCCUUGGCAUUAUCUGACCGCGCGUCACCGACGAGGUUUUUAAACUUCUUUUUGCACAUGUUCGCUUGAGGCCCAGAGGCAAGGGCAAGCGGUUUCCCAUGCGGUUCAAGAAAUUCGCUCUUCGCUUUUCCGUGGUCCGCGAGCAUACCGAUUUCUGGCUCCAUAUUUUUCUUUGCCCUCCCGGCGUUCAUUAAGGAGGUGGCUAGCUAAUGUAGAGAUGACUCCAGGCACAAUUCCAAGAAUCAUUUCUUCCAUUGAAACAAAUACUCAAGCUUGGAAUG